AGAAGACAGACAAACGCUUUUCUUUGACGUGAUAGCAGUAUUAAAGCGCUGCUUUGUGAAAAAGUCGAGCUCGUAUAAUCAGUAACCAAUCAGCAGCUUCGCGAAACGAACAGAUUUCUAUUUAUUUUAUAUUUAGACAUAGGAAAUAUCUGGAAAUUGAAAGCACGCCGAAUUUUUAAUUCUGACAUACUACGUAAGAGGGAGCUGAAAACGUUUGACGCAGAAACGUUUUGAUCCUGUCGAAUCUAUAGAAUACAAUAAUUUUACUUCUCGUUUACCAUCUGUUCACAUCUGUUUACCAUGCGUACCAGCGACACGUGAUAAUUGUCAUGUGCUUAUUAUAAAUACUGUUUUUGUACAUACAUUUAGAAAAAUAAAGAAGUAGGAAUAGCAGAAUGCCGAAAGAACGUGUAAAGAAACAGACUCGCAUUCAUAAGGAUGUUGCGAAACAGGGUAUUUUGUUCAACACGGAUAUUGGACAGCACAUUUUGAAGAAUCCACUUAUAAUUCAAAGUAUGGUAGAAAAAGCUGCUGUAAGACCGACGGAUGUGGUAUUGGAAAUAGGUCCUGGUACCGGUAACAUGACUGUGAAACUAUUGGACAAAUCUAAGAAAGUAAUAGCAUGCGAGGUGGACACGAGAAUGGUAGCUGAAUUACAGAAACGCGUGCAAGGUACCCUGUACCAGUCGAAACUGCAGAUCAUGAUAGGAGAUGUUUUGAAGACAGAGUUACCAUUCUUUGACCUCUGUGUAGCUAAUAUACCCUAUCAAAUUUCAUCUCCUUUGGUAUUUAAAUUACUCUUGCACAGGCCAUUGUUCAGAUGCGCCGUUCUUAUGUUUCAAAGAGAGUUCGCCGAACGUUUAGUAGCGAAACCAGGCGAUAAAUUGUACUGUCGUCUGAGUAUAAACACUCAGUUGUUGGCAAGAGUGGAUUUACUCAUGAAAGUAGGAAAAAAUAAUUUUAGGCCUCCACCGAAAGUAGAAUCGAAUGUAGUUAGAAUAGAACCGCGUAACCCACCGCCUCCGAUUAAUUAUCAAGAAUGGGAUGGUCUGACGCGAAUUGCGUUUGUUAGAAAAAAUAAGACACUUUCCGCGGCGUUUAAGCAGACGACAGUGUUAACAAUGCUGGAGAAAAAUUAUAAACUUCAUUGUAGUCUGAAUAACAUGGAAGUGUCAGAAGGAUUUGACAUUAAAGAGAUGGUAAACGAUAUCUUGCAAGAAGCAAACGCUGUAAAUAAACGCGCUAGAACUAUGGAUAUAGAUGAUUUUAUCAGCCUUUUACACGCAUUUAAUGCAAAAGGAGUGCAUUUUACAUAAUUAAUAUGUAUUGUUUUCACAAAAAAAAAAGAAUAAAUAAAUUUUUCUAAAUAACGUGUAAGUGGUAAUUUGAAGUCGGUUAACCCUUUCGCUACG